UCUCUCUUUCUCUCUAUCUCCCUCUCCACCCCCGAAACAAACAGAACCGAUUUCUCUCCCGAUAUCCUCGCACUUCCCAUCUCUCUCUCUCUCUCUCUCUCUCUCUCUCUCUCUCUGCGGGACGGCGCAGGUAGGAGGGGGAACUCGCCGCCCUUGUUCAUCAUCAUCAUAUUCUGGUGUUUGUUGUUGGUUUGGUGAUGGCGUCUUCGUCUUCGAUCACGGCGGCAUCUGCCGCGCCGGUGGCUGCCAAGACGUCUCGACUCGGAGCUCAGUGCCACCUCGUUCCCUCGAAUCUGUCGUUCCGGCCUUCCCCGAGGCCGAAUCUCGCCGUCGCCGCGUCAACUUUUUAUUCUCAGGGUUCCCUUCAGCAUCGAUCUACUAUUAUGAAAUCACAGUUGAAUGAGGUUCCUGUUGAAGGAUCUUCCCACCCGUCGAACUCUUCUGCAGAUAACUCAAGUGUGGCCAAGCCUCAAAAGGAGGAUAUAGAAUCAGAAAAACAGAGUGUUUCAACUGCUUCUGUAUCAGACUCAUCAAUAACCGAGUUUAUGGCUGAAGUAGCUAACCUUGUCAAGCUGGUUGACUCCAGAGAUAUUGUAGAGCUGCAGUUAAAGCAACUUGACUGUGAGCUUGUUAUCAGAAAAAAAGAAGCUUUGCCGCAGCCACCAUCUCCAGCUCCAAUGGUCAUGAUGCAGCCACCCGCUCCACAGCCCAUGGCUUCAACUCAACCGCCUCCUUCUCCAGUGGCUACCCCAGCUCCUGCCCCCUCAGCAAUCCCAGCUCUUCCACCUCCUGCUGCCAAAUCAAGCCGCUCAUCUCAUCCACCACUUAAGUGCCCUAUGGCUGGAACAUUUUACCGAAGCCCAGGACCUGGGGAGCCACCAUUUGUAAAGGUUGGGGACAAGGUUAAGAAAGGGCAGGUUCUCUGCAUUGUUGAGGCAAUGAAGCUGAUGAAUGAGAUUGAAGCCGAUCAGUCAGGGACAAUAGUUGAGGUUCUUGUGGAUGAUGGUAAAUCAGUCACCGUGGACAUGCCUUUGUUCAUAAUUGAGCCAUGAAGCUGUGAAAUUGGUUUGCUGAAUGGAGAACAUUUUUGUUGGUAAUAUACAUCCAAUCCAGGCAUGCUGCAGGACAGAAGCUCUAUGUGUGUGUGUGUGUGUGUGUCCACAAUCUAGACCUAGAGUUGGAAAGGCAAGGUAACUGUUCAUGUCUAUUUAUUGUUAGAUAGGCGGACGGUCUGCUUUGAGGGAAACCGACUGAAGAGAAGGAUAUUUUCCAAUCUCGUUUUCCGUGACCAUGGGACUUUUAUUGUUCAUCAAGACAAUAAUUACUAAUUCAGAUUUGUAUUUUCUAACAUUCUGAUUGAAUCAAAGACUGAAUUACUUCUUAAAUAAAGCCAUACAGAAACAGGAUUUGCUUGUCUGACAA